UCAUACUCAAGCAAGCAUCCGAACGAGCACCGUGUGCGGGUGAGACGAGAAUCGGUUGCAACACAGUUACAUUGGAUUACACAAUUGUGGAUAACAUAAGUGAAAAAGUGGAUACAUCAGUGCAAGUGCCAAACGGAUUAAACUCUACAAAAAACAUGUGCAUAUCAAAGUUUGAAAACAGCAAGUGCAAACAAAUCAACAGAAAUAACAUGGGCCGAGCAGUCCGUGGCGUCCUGACCAGGGCUAAGGUCGAACGUCGGCUGAUCUGCGGUCUCCUGCCCGCCAUCUCCUAUCUGGAGAAGAAUCCGGAUGACGUCCUCAUAUGCGUUAUCCCGGAGACGAGGCCCGGCGACGCCGCCACUCACAUGCAGACGGUGUUGCUACAGGCCUUCUGCUACGAAAACUACAUUCCUGUCAUACAGGUAAACAGUAGCGAAAAACUAGGAGAGUACUGCAGCGACUCGAACUACAACAAUAAAAGGAGCAAAGGCUGCAACUGUGCCAUAAUAAUCAAAGAUAUGAACGUUCCCAUCACCCCCGAUGAGAUCCCCAUGUCGCCCAGCGAACAAAUCUUGGCCGACUUUUAUGAAUGUACCUUGGAGGAGUUCCCACGUCCAGUCAUCGAAUUGCCCAUAUGAAUUGCCCACACGAACUAGUGAAGAAAAUUGAUGAAAAAUGUGAAAAUUGAAAUCUGGUUUAAGUUAAAACAGUGACAUGAUGGAACAAUGGUUUCCGUGAGAGAUUGUGCAAAUGUCAGCGAGUGACCCAAGUUUUCCCGAAUGGAAUUCGGAUUAGAAUUAUGUGAUAUAUGAUGAUUGUGGGACUGCCUUGAAAAGGCACAUUGUUGAGUAUCAGAAUGAUACAGUUUGAUAAGAAUUUACAUUUUAUAUAUUAUGAAGAUUUAUUGAUUGUCUUAUGUGUAACGUUUUUUUACACACUUGUUGUUAAUUUGUAUGCAUCCGUUUAAUAUGCUUUAUUACGAAUAUGUAUUUAUUGAUGAAUUUGUGAAUAAGUGAUGAUUAGUGAAUUUAUAACGAUUUUGUUAAUAAAAAUGUUCUAUUGA